ACGUGGCGCAAGUCCCCAUGCGUUUCCACUAACAUCCCUUCCCUCACCUAACUCCGUCACAACAAUCGUCGUCCCUUUCUGCCGCCAAAUCAGACCCUUCUAACCUCCUCGCCGUUAUUCUCACACCGCUUAAAUCCCUCCCUCUCUCUCUCUCUCCCCUAAAGAUGAAGACCUCCCUUUCUCGCCUCUGAAACCCUAAUCGCUUCAAAAGGGGAGUUGAGUUCACUGUGAGAAAAAUGGUUUGAGGCAGUUUUUGAGAUUUCUUGUGAAGGCUGGCCUUGUGUUGGUUCUGUGUAUAAUUAUAGUGGACUCCACUGCAAUAGACUUUCAGUUACUUGGCAAUCAUGGGGUCAGCUUGUUGUGUUGCUGCAAGGGAGAGAUCUGACCCGAACAGAACUGGAAAUGAAACAUUGCGCAGGAAUGCCUUAUAUUCCCCAUCAUGGAGUUUCCGAUAUGAUAAUCGAAGGCGUGUUGCCGGUGAAAUUGAUACUCCAUAUCGUGCUUCUCGUGGAACUAGUAGGAAUGCUAGCAUGGAGUUAAAAGGGGCAUUGAGUUCUGAAAGAGGCAAUUUUUCUGAUUUGGGGAGCCCACUGGAGAAUUUUGGUACACCUAUCUCCCAAAAGUCCCCCGUUCAUGGUGGUGGAAUUUGUGCAAGUCUGAGGACUCCGUCUUCAGAUCUAUCCAUGAUGAGCAAUUAUUCUCCAGAUGUUAAAAAUUUGGCAGAAUCACCGGGAAUUGAAGAUUCAUCCGCUCUAAAUCCUUCAUUAUCCAUCCCUACAACUAUUUCAAUACCAACUGCUGAACCUUCUCCUGCCCCCAGCUAUCCACUUUUCUCCAACUCAACCCCAUCAAGGCGGGCCCGUCGUUCACCAGGACAUCAGUUACUGAGACAGAUUUCUGACAGUCGAAUAUUGGGUUUGAAAUCUCCAAAUAACAACUCAAUAUCUGAAGGAAGACAAUCUUUUGUACUCUCUAGUUGCAGCAAUGACUUGGCAACUGGAUCCCAAGCUGGGUCAUCUGAUGGGUGGUCUAUGCGCACCUUCUCUGAGCUUGUGGCUUCAUCUCAAAGGGAAAGGUGGUCUUUUGACAGUGAGCACUUUGGUUCUAUCCAUGGAAAGCAAAGUGGUUGUAGCAGCAGGUUCUCAUGUUCUCCUUCAGUAGAUAUGCAGUCUUGUGGGGUCUGCUCAAAGCUCCUAACUGAGAGAACUUCAUGGAGCAUCCAGAAAAUUAUUGCCAGCAGUGAGAUCUCUGUGGCGGCUGUGUUAGUUUGUGGACAUGUUUACCAUGCUGAGUGCUUGGAGACUGUGACAUUGGAGACUGAUAGGUACGACCCGGUUUGCCCAAUUUGUAUGGUAGGAGAGAAGCAAGUCUGGAAGAUGUCAAGAAAAGCGAUGAGGUCAGAAUCUGAUUUAAAAGCAAGAAACCACAAGAUAUCCAAAAAUAGAGUUGUGGAUAGCUACUUUGAUGGUGAAUAUGAUGUUUUUGAUCAUCAAAAGAACACUGAUAGAAAAGGAAAAGUAGUAGCCAAGUUAGAACCCAGUUCCAGUACAAGGAACUCCUUUACUAAGCCUUUCUUGAAACGGCACUUUUCACUUGGAUCCAAGUGGAGUAGACCACUUUCGGAAAAUGAUUCAGCUAGGAAGAAGGGGUUUUGGGCCAGGUAUCGUAAAGAUUGAGUGCCCCCCACUCCCAGCUUGUAAGAAAUAGAGGCAAGCAGCUGUUUAUUUAUAGAUGUUACACCUGCACUUUAGGAUUGUUCUUCUGGAAAAUGUAUACUAGCUUCAGCAAUAAGUUCAGUAUCAUUUGAAAUUUCCCGUUCA